AACUUCAUGCUCGAGACCUCGUCUGUCCUUGGUGUCCUGGUGCAGGGCUUGCGGUCCAAUCUUUCGGGUCUUGCUUGUCCCUUUUAUUGCACUGGUCACUCUGUUUCCUUGGCCCUCUCGUUCUUCCUUUUGGGCUUUCUUUGUGGUUGUGGUUUGUGUGCUUGGCUCCUGCUCCGGUUUGACAUUGUCCCGUUGCAUUCCUCCACACUUCAUCCUGCCGCAUCAGCCCCAUCUGUGCCCCGCGUGGUCAACCCUCGUGCUGCUCUUCUGGGCUACUUGCAUGUCUCCUUGGGUAUUGUGGGUGACUUUGUCCAAUACCCGUCGGCCUAUCAGCCACGUGCUCGGUCUCCUGACCCCUUCCACUGGAUCUUUCGAGGAAAUAACCAAUGGCGUCAGUUGCUUCAGGAAGAGGAGGGAUUGAGCUUGGAAGCUUUGGUCACUGCCGAUGGCGUUGCAGCAUGCUCAUGGAAGAUGGUACCAGGUCCAGCAGGCAUGGAUUUGGCAGUUUUGGUCGUCGCCAACUUGCGGCAUGCCGAGGGUCCAGAAGACAUCGCAAUGGCUUUCGACCUGGACUCACCUUUUUCAUUUCCCUCUCCAAGAGGGCUUCUCGCUCGGUACUGCCAGGGGCCCGGAGGAGGAGCAGUCAAAUGCAGAUCCAUCCCCCACCGGCAUUCCGAGAGGAGCCAGACCUGCCAGGAGAUCAAAGCCGUCAGCAAACACCGGAGGUAUGCCUUCUGGAGGAGGAGGUCAGCCAAAGCCAAAGAGGGUGACCACUGCCUGGCAGCUUCAAUGGACCAGCUUCUGACUCGAUCUUGUACCGGCUUUGACUUCCCAGCUGCAGACCUUGAUCCAGCGCCAAGAUGCUUUGGAAACAAGGAUGACCGCCCGACUUGGGCGGGAGCUUUGGGCCUCACCCAGCCUCUCUCUUCCUCUUUGACUUCUCGCCCAGUUCAACCCGCUGCCGUGGCUCAGAUGGUGGAGAAGCUCCGCCCCAAUGAUGGAUCUGGAUUUUCGGCCUUUGGAUUUACAGGCCUUGGAGGGGGAGAAGAUGCCGGACCAGAUGGACGGCAACUCAGACCUGGCGAAAGCUAUGUUGGUUCAGUCCCAAGCGUUGACAGCCCUGGUAGGGCAGAUUGCCCAAUCCAGUCAAGACCCAAUCGCCGACCUCAGCUCUGGGAGCUCAGCAGCCAGCACUCGGGGGUCAGUGGGCCGUGCCCGUCUCCAGGCAGAACUUGCAUCUCACUCUGGAAGCUUCUAUUUGAGUGUGCUUCGAGCAAUUUCCAGGAGAAUGCAGCCUACAGUGGCUUCCUCAGGGACGCCUGCAGAGAUUUUGUCCCUACCCGAUACAUGGAGUUGGACCUGAUUGCCUCGAAGUGGCAGGAGAUGGUCUCAGGUGGGUCAUGCGUUCUCGAAUUGACUUUGCGUGGCACUUGCGUCGUUCGAUUCUGGUUCCCAUGCCACAGUCUUCCGGACUGUCCGCUGCUGUUUUGCCUUUGCCUCUUCUCUCCUCAUCUUCUUGGUGUUGGAAGUCGCAUGUUGGUCUCUCCAAGAGGAGGCUGUUCAAUCUUGGUCGUGCCAGAGUGCUGCAUGCUUGCGUUGGACUUGCUGUUCCUUGGCCGUUACCCUGCCUUGGAGGAACUAAGCAGGUCGCUGGAUGCCUCUCGGCUUCGGCUUGUCGGUGAGGGCGCUUGGGACAUGCAGAAGUUCAUUGUAGGGGCUCUUUCGACCCAGCUGAAGGUACUCGUAGCCCGUUUUAGGGAGCGUUUGGUGGCCCCGGUCGAGCCCUGCCUCUUCAAGCAAGUUCUGAUGCGAGCAGAAGGCAAAUUCAACACCCAAAUGGUCACCCUGGAAGAGGGAAGCAAAUCCAGCGAAGAGGCAGUCAGUCCGAACGGCAGAAGGAAAGCGGUUGGUGCACCACGGGCAAUGCGCCUUGCUCUGUCAGUCCCGCAUCACCUCUGCUGUGCUUUGGCUUUGUUGACAUUUGCGGAGGUGUUGGUGCUGUGUCGUCCGCUGCUGUCUGUGCUGGCGUUGCCGUUGUUUCGGAUGUUCUCACUCCGUGCCCCGCGCAGUCGUUUUGUCUCCCUGUUGGACCCAUCGGUUGCCAGAGGAGUCCUUGCCAAGGGUCGCUCCACUUCCUGUAUGCUACAGCCCUUGCUUAAGCGUGCUGCCGUCCUCCAGGACUUCCCCGGCGCGUUUGAUUUUGGUAGGGGCGUGUUUGGCAUGGAGCCUCUGUCUGCUGCCGAGAAGCGCCGUGCUCAGCUGAGGUCA